AGAGUCUCGGACCAGUCCCAACUGAAAAAACGACACACAAAACAAUGGCGUCCUCCCGGUCUUCACUCUACCGCACCCUCCGCUCCCUCUCCACCACCACCAGACCCUCCCACCACAACAGCCACCACCACACCCACCGCUACACCGAGCCGAGCUCCUUCAUCGGAAGCUGGGACGCGCCGAGCAACCCCAAGGAGGCGCAGGCCAAGCUCGCGCAUCUCCGGCGAGACUACGCGAAGCAGGUCAAGGAGAUCCGCAAGGAGUACAUCAAGGAGGUCGAGCUGAUGAGGCUCGAGAAGCUCCGAAAGGACGAGGCCCGUAAAGAAGCCCUCAGGCUCCAGAACGAGGAGCGCAAGAGGCUCAAGGCCGAGGCCGCUAAGGUCCGGGCUCAACAGCGCCAGGUCGCCGAGGAAGAGUUCCGCCAAACCCUAUUAAAAGAAAGAGCAGAAAAGCUUGAGAAUUGGAAGAUGAAGGAAAUGCUUAGGGAAGAGAAGAAAAAACAGAAGAAUGAACUGCUACGACGUCAAAGUUCCCUAUGGAUUGAUGAACCAGAACUGGAAAAGAAGAUGCUUGAAGCCAUUGUUGAUACCAGACCCCUUUGAGUAUCCCAUUUUCAAUUUGGCUGGUUCUUACCAAGUCCAAAUGUUUUCAAUUUUUUUUCCGUCAUCCACUAAUAUCCAACCAUAUACAUUUUCCUUAUAUAAUUGUAUACUGCCUAAUGUCUGUUCAAGUUUUGGAAUAAUUCAAUAAUUGUUCGAAAGGAUUAUGGCCAUGCCGUCA